UUUUGUUUGUUUCAUUGCAGAAAUUGGGAUGGAUACCUGGAUAAAGAAUGCUAUACUGUCGGAAAAUCGAGAUGCAAUCGGCGAUUGCUUCAAAAUAUUAAGAUGGUUAGAUACUGAAUAUUCUGGAACAUUACUUUAUAAAGAUGUUGAAACUAUUUUGAUAUGCGCUGAGUACGUAGAUAGCUAUUUUGAAACGUCAGGAGCAGAAUUAACGCAGGAAUUAAUGGAGAAAUAUGGCCACCACAGAGCGUUCUUAAAAGAAUAUUGCGCUAAACUGGAUGAGAUUGCGUUUUCGCUACGGACCGCGUCAAGAAUUCUAGCUACGGCUGAGGGCUAUAAACAUGUUUUUACCAUCGAAACAAUUUUGAAGCUAUUUAUGAGUGAUAUAAGCUUGUUAUAUAGCAAUAAGCUCUGUACAAAGAAUCAAAAUAUGGACACACCUCGAUCCAAAAUGCAACUAUUAGUAAAGAGAAUUUUUCAGUUACCGCCAAAAAAUAUUGACAUAGCUAUUGAAAGGUUGCUUUAUAAUAUUGAUUUUUCAGCGAUUGGUUACAUAUUUUUAGAAGAUUCAAAUAAUUUAUAUAUCAGUAAAUAUAAGGUAUUAGAACAUAAAAUAUGUAAAAAAAUCGCUGACGGUAGUAUAGACCCAUAUUUCAUAAAAUCGAUGGCCGUCACUGCUUUGAAUUCAAUAAAAGGAACCACUUUUCUUAAGUUGUGCUUUGAAAAUAAAAUGUUCGCCAAUAGUUUAGUAACAUUCAUCAUAUCGUACUUUCAUGAUUUUGAGAAAGGAAAUCACUUCAUGCCCCCAAACAACCAACAUAAAUUAUCUGAUAUACUCUUUUUAGUGCAUUGUAUAUCGACUUCGAAAUCUCUUUUACGUUUUAAACUAUUCAAAACUAUAUUUAAAAGCAAAUCUGUAUCACGCAUGGUAAAUAAAAACUUUUUUGUGUACUACUAGCAUGUAUGAAUGUCUGUACUUUAUCAAAGAAAGACUGGAACUGAACAUACAUAUCGUCGUAUCAAGAUAAUGCAAAACCGCGUAUGUUAGAUUGCUU